AUGAUCGUGUACGAGGAUUUUAGGCAAUUUUUUUAUGGCAUGAUUAAAAAAGAUCAUGUACUGAUUAUAGCAAAUGUUGAUGCGGAUGCUAUUUGUGCUACUCAGAUAUUACUGGAUUUAUUUGCGGCAGAUGAUGUAGCCUAUACGCUGGUACCAGUAGAUGGAUGGGAAGGUUUUCGGACAGCAAUGAUGGAACAUGGGGAGCAGGCACAUUCGGUUGUGCUGUUCAAUUGUGGUGCUACGGAACCAUUGAUUCCAUACCUCCGAUCUGGUAUGACAUUGUACGUGAUUGAUUCCAGACGACCUUUGGAUUUAUCAAAUAUAUAUUAUGAGGAUAAUAUCCGCUUGAUUGUGAGUAGAGAUGAAUGGGAACAACUGGACAUUCCAAACAUCUGCGAUGUCGAAGUCUCAGAUAGUUCAUCUUCCGAAGAAAGUGGGGAUGAAGACGAAACUGAAAUGGAUUCAGAUAGUGACCAAGAUUUUCUUGAAGAAACAGAACAGGUGGAAGACGAUGAAGCUAACGAAAGUCAAACGUCUGCAAGUGAACAACUAGAAAUUGCAAGAAGUUCGAGUGAUGGAGGAAAUGAAAUGGAAAAAAGUGACGAUAAUGAUGCGGAGCGAACUGACGAUGCAGAGCAGCCAGAAGAAUCUACUAGCAGGCGCAGAAGACGGAUCAGUGAUGUUGCAGAUUCUGUUGGGAGACGAGAAGCGAAACGGCAACGACGAAUGGAACUUAAAAGACAUCGUGAGGAUAUUUUAUGGAAAUACCACGAGAAUUCCUGGUAUGGUCCAUCGAGUGCUGUCUUGAUGUUGGAAGUAGCGCAUUCCGUAGGUCGGACUACAGUCGAGAUGAUGUGGUCAGCUGUAGUUGGGAUAAGUAGUCAGCUAGUAGAAUAUUUAAUAAGUCAUGAUUGCUAUACGACCGUUUGUUUCGACCGUUUAAGGGCAUUUAGGAUGAAAUUUUGUCCAGAUGGAUCGGAUAUUGUACGAGGUGAUGAUAUUCUUCGAUUGAAGUUCGAUGAUGAAAUAAUGUUGCCAUUGUAUGCGCAUUGGUCAUUAUACACAAGCAUGGUGCAUAACGAUUUUUUCUUUUGUUUAACACAAAUGUGGCAGCAAAGUGGUGCUCUCAUAAUGAAGGCAUUGCUGGCUGAACUUGAGAUAACGCUCGAAGAAAGUCAUCAAGUAUACAGCUCGCUAACAUCAGAAAGGAAGGAUGCCAUAUUUCGUCACAUAUAUAAACACAUGGAUGAUGAAUUUGCAUCUUUUACGGCUCAUAUAGGAUACAGUAACAGAUAUAAUUCAUGUGAUUUUGCGCGUGCAAUUGCUGGACGUAUGAGUUAUGGAGUCGUUGAAGUUGAAUCGCCUUAUGAUCGUUUUAUUGGUGCACAAGAAAUCUUGCAGAAAUUUGUAGAAGGAGGAGAUAAAACACCGUUAUCGAAGGCAAUUGAAUCAUACAAAAGUUGUUUGACGAGCCUUGUAAAUCUCGUUUUUAUGUCAAUCAGUCAAAGCCUUAUUAUUUCUGUUGGGUCUUUCUAUCUUCUCUGCCUUCCUCAGAGUCACUCAAAAAAUCGUGCUAAUCGGCCGUUAUUUGUUGCUGUACCUAUGAGUGGUGAAAAUAUUGGUUGGUUUCUGAUAACCGGCUGUAUGCCUGCAAAUACCGAUUAUGAGGACAGCAGUCAGAAAAGUUUUAUUGGACGUGCAAUGCAAAAAGUUGUAGAAAAUUUUAUACGUGAUGGAGCUCGGCGAAAUUUUUUCGAUUCUGCAAUGGUGAUGAUUCGUUCCGAUCAGAAAGCUAGAUUUUUUGAUGGUCUUCAAGCAACGCUGGAAAUUGAAUAA